CGCGCAAGACCACAAAAUGUGAUAAUUGUUAAUUGUCAUCGUUUGAAUGGUGGAGUUUGAAGUGCAUCUGUAUGUAAAUUAUUUCAAGAUGGCUGUACUACUGUUGUGUUUUUUUAUUUUUAGCUUAGCAAGUGCGCAGUUUGGAAGUAUAUCUGUAAGUGUUGGAAUGGGGCGAAAUGCUGAUGAUGCAUCUAGUUACUAUUCAAGAUGUCCACCCAAAACCACGUGUAUGCCUAUAAGUAUUUGUCCGUUUCUACAAGAUUUACUCGACUUUACAUGUUUUACGUCAGACAGAUACUUCCAUCGGCUUAACGAGUUGACAUGUGGAAGCUCGAGUGAAGAAGACUUCGUUUGCUGUCCAUCCUGCGACUGCGGGAGGGUGUACCAGCCUGGCACUCCUGAGUGCGGGGUGAGCAUGGUCCGUGGAGUGGACUAUAACGGCCUGGGAACACACCCUUGGGUGGCCAGGAUUGGAUUUACAAAUAAAGAUUCUGGCAGCGUCAGGUUUGCGUGUAGCGGCUCCAUAAUAGCAAAGCGAGUUAUUUUAACAGCAGCGCACUGCGCUUUGGCGAAACCUGAAGGCUAUAAGCUCUCAACGGUCGUGGUAGGAGAAUGGGACAUCAGUCGGAGUCCUGACUGCAGUGAUUACUUCUGUGCUCCUACCACUCAGGCUAUAAAGGUGGAGAGUGUGUCCGUCCAUCCAGGGUACGAACAGAAAAUCUUCAGACAUGAUGUUGCUUUGAUAAUGUUGAAAGAAGAAAUUAAAUAUUCUGUGACAGCAGCGCCGAUCUGCCUGAAUGAUAAGCCGGAAGUCGUGAUCAACGAGCGAGCCAUGCUUGUCGGAUGGGGAAAAUUAUCGGGACAGAGCACUCCGGUAAGCCUGCAACAACAGCUGGACCUACCUUUAGUACCGCUGGAGAUGUGUGAGAAGAUAUUUGGAGAGUCAGUGCCGAUCCAUGAGGGACAAUUGUGUGCAGGAGGGGAAGAGGGCAGAGACGCUUGCUCCGGCUUCGGCGGAGCUCCUCUGCUUUCAACGAGAGAUGGACAGUUUUUUCAAAUCGGAAUCGUUUCAUUUGGUUCAGAGAACUGCGGAAGCGAAGGUGUUCCGAGUGUUUACACAAACGUUGCUCACUACUACCGGUGGAUCGUGGAUAAUUCACCUUCAUAAUUAUAACAGAGAUUCUACUAACUAUAUUUAAUCUGGAGAACCCUAAAUUACCCCAAAUCCGGGGAGAAUAAGGACAUAAACUUCAGGGUGAUCAAAAAAUCAAAAUAAAUGUUCAUAAAGAAUUGGAUCUCUUUCUCCUCCUGGAUCAAAAAAUGAUAUUUAAAUUUCGGUCAGUAAAUACUAUAGUAAUAGCUAAAUCUAAAACAGGAAGAGGUAUUAAAAAUAAUAACGCUGUAACUCCUACUGCCAAAUAAAGGUAUUUGAUCAAAUGAUAAAUUAUUAAUUCGUAAUUAUAUUAAUAAUAGUUGUAAUAAAAUUAAUUGCUCCAAAAUAGAAGAAAUUCUAGCUACGUGUAGGGAAAAGAUAGCUAAAUUUACUGAGGAUUUUCUGUAAUGAAUCUCAUAGUAAGAGUGUAGCUAGAAUACAAGUUAUGGUCCCAGUAGACGUCUUAAUACGUAAUCUGUGGUCAAGUGUAUUGCUGUCUCUUGUAUGUAUUUAUUUAUUUUUUUAUUGGAAAAACAACAAAUACAUAUCAUAUAUCUAGGUUUACAAAUGAUAUGGUGAGCAUAUUACUUUUAGCAUUUCACCAGUUUCACAGGAGACUCCUUUGCACAGGAUGCCGGCUAUAUUAGUGCUACUACAACGGCGCCUAUUUCUGCCGUGAAGCAGUAAUGUGUUAACUCUACUGUGUAUCGGUCUGAAGGGCGCCUUGGCUAGUGAAAUUACUGGGCAAAUGAGACUUAGUCUCUUAUGUAUCAAGGUGACGAGCGCAAUUGUAGUGCCGCUCAGAAUUUUUACGCUUUUCAAGAAUCCUGAGCGGCACUGCAUUGUAAUGGACAGGGCGUGUCAAUUACCAUCAGCUGAACGUCCUGCUCGUCUCGUUCCAUGUUUUCAUAAAAAUAAAAA